AUGUCCAACAGACGGCAGUCGAUAUCAAAGGCUGAGGACGUGGCCGAUGAGGUGAGUGCUCAACGCGAGCGCCUAUAUCUCACACUUGAUUCCCCGAUCUCUUGUUUGUGUCCACCACUGGAUCAGGUGUUUCGUCGGUCAAAGGCUAUCCUACCGACGAUCGCCCGCUGGUGUCUGGUCUCCACAUUCAUCGAGGAUGGACUCCACAUAUGUCUUCGGUGGUCACAGGGGAGGAACUACAUGGACAAGAGGUGGGGCCACGAAUUGGCCCCACUUUUUGUCUCAAUCAAUAUGUUGUCCCAAUUGAUCGCAUCCGGGCUCGUGUUGACCCGCUAUCACGUGACCAUUGCGUGCGGCCUACUCUUCUGCGUUGUUGGACUUCAGACAUUGACGUUCGGGGCCGCUCUGAGCCUAUGCGGCGCUCUAUUGUUGCUGUUGGCGGAGUGCCAGACGGAGGCGCCCACUCUGUUGGCCGGUGUGCCCAGCGAUGGACAGAACCGACCCAAAGCUUAUCUACUGUUCACCGGAAGGAUACUAACGCUUCUCAUAUUCUUCACAAGCCUUAGCCUAGAGCUGCGAGACAUGGAAAACGUGUUUCUUAUCAUACGAAAGGUAAUAGUCUUCGUACUCGUGGUGGUCGUCACUAUCGGCUAUAAGACCAACUGUCGGCCCUUUUGCUGGUCGUGUAGCUCACGGGUUAGUCUCCAUACGAACCGUUCAUUUGAACCAUUUGUGUGUUUGGCUAAUGAUUAUUGUUUUUAUUGGACCUCUUUUUCCACCCAAAUAGCCGUCAAUUCUUAUGCCAAUCCUUUUUGGACGAUAGACUCAAACAAAGCAAUGUUUGAUCGCCAGAUAAAACACUUUUUCGUUGUGCUGUCCGUCAUCGGCGGCCUUUUAAUGAUCGUAGUCUUAGGACCGGGAGAUCUGUCAGUGGAUAACUACAAGAAGAACCGGUAG